AUGGGCCAAUUGUGGUCAUUUACGGCUAUUCGUGGGAGUCGCAGGGAUAUGGAAGGCAUUGUGGAUUUUGCCAGAUGUCUGGCAUUACGCAGUGCGAACAAGGCCGUCGAUCUCAUGACAAUUGUAGGAUCACAAACCCAGUACGAUGUCUCUGUCGAUACCCGAUACCCAUAUUACGUUGGACCUGUAAGGCCAGAGUCCGUGGCAAGUCCGAUCUUAUGUCAACGUGCAAGAUAUUCAGGUAAUUGUAUUGUGGUCCACUCACACUGGAUGUGCAAUGCAGCAAAAAAAUUAUUCGACAUAUUUCCGUUUCGGGAAAUUUAG